GAGGGGGAAGCAGACAUUUCAUGCCAACCUCAGUCGAAGGCUCCGAGUGCACAAAGCUAAGGUUGCUUUUCCUCAAAAGCCUGUAUGCUAUGCAUUGUUUUAAUUCCAGUUGAUUAAAAGAGGAAUAUAUAUAUACAUAUAUAUUUCUUUCACGGUCAUUUGCUCUCCUUUCCAGAGGGAUAUGUAAAGGAGCAUGUCUACAGCGUCGGCCAUCUUGACCGAUGCCCUUUUGAAUUUAGGUUUCAGUCAGACUCCCCUAUUUUCUUCACGUGUUAUUUUUCUAAUAUGAUGUGAAUGUCCGCACCCUAAUAAAGAAAAAAAAGUGUUUGUAGAGUUGUCCUGGUCAAUCUUUUUAUAGAAGGAAACUUUGUUCUUCGCUGUCAGGGGCCUUCAAAACUCAUAUUUAUCAUGCAAAGCAUGGCGCUAUAACUGGUCCCAGUCCUGGCCUGGGACCCCUUGGCCACUCACUGUGUCCUCUGAGGGGAUCGGGGUCCUUGACGCUUCUUCUGGUGUGUUUUCUCCAGCAUGUUAGGGUAGCCAGAUGUCCUGUGUAACUGGAGGGGGGAGCAGCUGUAGCCUCUCUCUGCGUCAUCACAGUACAGAAUGGGCUAAACAAGGAGGCAAAUAAAAGUUAUUUUGAAUAUACUGGGAUGACUGGGCUGGGAUUUGCGUCUACAAGUUGCAAGUAACAAUGAGUGUAUUUAGCGAUUAGUCUUCUGGGGAGGCCCCCCUGGAAACAACGUCAGAAGUGUGUUUGUUGGCUUUUGGAGUUCCCAGCCAUAAAGACCCAAACCCCAGCUCUAGCCCGUCUGUGUCUUUGUCUCUUCUGGAUGAACACAGAUAGACACCACUGUCCCGUAAGGAUAGAACAGCUGACAACAAGCUCAACUCCUAAUAAGGUAGGCCAAGUUGGCCAGGGCUCGCUCUCUCUUUCUCUGUAAAUACCCCUUAGGUCUGAGAAAGACAGAGAGGAAGAGAGCUGGGGAGGAAGAGGGGAGCGGAUGGAUUGCAGCCUUAUAUGGGCAAUGCGUUGCUUUUCCCAGGGUUUGUGGUCCUUACCGCCGGCACGGGGCCAAAAAGGCCUUUCAUGACUCCGCGGUGCCACCUGGAGGAAACUGCCAGUUUUGCAGUCCACAUAAUUAUGGGAAUAAAAUCGUUGAUAAUUAUUUUCAUCCGAAAAAACGUAUAUAAAGGAGUAGUGUUUGAAAGGAGCACGCACAUGUAUGUUGAUUUAUAAAGUUUUGAGAGUCGGCCUACUAAUUACACCGACAAGGACUGUUUUGCAGUUAUACAAUGUAUGUAUUCAUACAUCUAUUGACUUCUGGUUGCAUGAAACUGAUUUACAAAAAAGAAAGGAUAACAAAAUAGACAAAAUGCAUCAAAUUCAAGCCAUAUUUUCCCAGAGACCGAGAGCCGUGUGGUUCUUGUAGCAGUGCGAAGCUGGCUGCAGACUCUGGAUCCGCCUCCUACUCAUAAACCGCGUAGGUCCACUGUUGUUUUCGUUAUAAAAAAUUGCCGAUUUACUUUUUAAAUAGAUAAUACGUAGUUUGAGUUAAAGUUUACUAAGAAAUGACUUUGCAGACUUAGUAAGAGUAUAUUCGAGUUUUCCUAUCGGGGUUAGCGUCAGAGCUUUUCUGUAGACCGAUCUCGCAGGUAACUGAAACAUUCCGACUGUCCGCAGAAAAGUUUUUUAACGGCAGAUGAUAUACCGAACAAAGGGGUCGAUUUAUUUCCCUAGGUUUUUCAGAUGUAACUCGAGCAACUGAACAAAGCCUUGCUCAUAGUAGCUAUUAUUAUUUCAAAAUGAAUUUACUUCAACGUUGCGUUUUUCAACUUUCAGCGUUGUGUCUAUAUAACUUCACCAUGACCAGCGGAUCUGACCCCUACAUCUUCACCUCCAACACACUGCCCCGUGACCCUCGCUUCCUCCCUCCCUUGGCCAACGGCCUGCUGGGCUGGAGAGUUUACCAUAGCAUCAUGCACAUGGGCAGUGUCUAUAACGGGGAGGGGGGAGACUGCCACCGGGCGGACGUCCCGUGUCCCCUCUCUGUCACCAUGGAGAUGGAAGACCCCGUGCAGCAAAGCUACAGCCUGAACACACACACGGGUGUAUUCACCCACACCAUUAGCACAGCUAUAGCGACUGCCACGCAGUCCUUCUAUGCCCAUCGCUACUACUCCCAGCUUAUGGUCAUGGAGGUCAGCAUAGAGCGCCAGGCCGUGACGAUGGAGCCUGUCACUGUGAAGCUGUCCAGUUCUUUCACACCGCAGAGCAAAGACAUUGAUUUCCAAUCUUCUCCCGACUACAGAGGCGGAAGGCGCAUCCAAGGACAGACCACUGCCGCCGAGGUCCCCGGAGGCCCCAGGCCCACCGUGGACCUCAUAUGGACCGUCAUGCCUCCAAGCCUGAUCCUGCAGCCUGAGCAGAGCCACUCUCGCUGGGGCUUCCUUCUGGCGCUCGGCAACACCAACCAGAGCACCGAGGCCAGCUUCGAUGAGGGCCUGAGUGUCAUGGCCAGCGGGGACCUGCGGGACUCCCACCAGCAGGCCUGGAAGGAGCUGUGGCUGGACAGCACGGUGGAGCUGGCGGGCUCGGAGACCCUGAGCAAGGCUGUGAUUGGCUGCCUUUUCUACCUGCUGAGUGCCUUCCCCCCCCUCCACGACGUCUCAGGACUGUUUGGCGGGGUCAGUCCUGGAGGUCUGUCUAACGGGGGCAGUGGCCAGGACUACUGGGGUCAUGUUUUCUGGGACCAGGACAUUUGGAUGUAUCCUGCGAUCGCUCUCUUCUAUCCCCGCCUGGCCCGGGCAGUACUGGAGUACAGGGUGCGGACCGUCGAUGGCGCAAAGGAUAACGCACAAAAGCAAGGCUACAAGGGACUAAAGUUCCCCUGGGAGAGCGCCGUGUCUGGGAGAGAGGUGUGCCCCGAGGACAUUUACGGCCAACAAGAGAUCCACAUCAAUGGUGAUGUCAGCCUCGCCUUCCAGCAUUAUCUCUACCUCACACGGGACCUCUCUCUGUUCACAGAGGGCAGGGGCAGUGAGGUGAUCUGGGGCGUGGCUGAUUACUGGGUUUCAAGGGUCACCUGGGAUCAAAAGGACCAGAGCUACCAUCUCUUGGGUGUUAUGCCACCUGAUGAGUAUUAUUACGGUAUCAACGACUCAGUGUACACAAAUACGGUGGCAAAAUCAAGUCUGCAGUUCGCUGUAGAGUUGGCCAGUCUGCUGCAACACCCGGCGCCUCAAGAGUGGCAGAAAGUGGCCGACCACAUGAAAAUACCCUUCGAUCAGAAGGAAAAGUACCACCCUGAAUAUGAUGGAUACAUCAAGGGUGAUCCAGUAAAGCAGGCAGAUGCAGUGAUGCUAGGCUAUCCGUUGGGACUUGCCAUGAGCCCUGAGGUCCGAAGGAACGACCUUGAGGCGUACGAGGCUGUGACGGACCCUGAUGGCCCGGCCAUGACAUGGGGGAUAUUCGCAGUGGGCUGGCUGGAGCUUGGGGAAGCAGAGAAAGCCCAGAAGCUAUUGGAGAAGAGCUUUGAUAACAUCCAAGGUCCAUUCCAGGUAUGGAGUGAAUCCUCUGAUGGCUCUGGGGCAGUGAACUUCCUGACCGGCAUGGGAGGCUUCCUGCAGGCUGUGCUGUUUGGUUACACUGGAUUCAGAAUCCAACCAGAGCGCCUUGAUUUCAAGCCUCUUCUUCCUAAUGGCUUGUCUGAGCUCAUUAUUCGCGGUGUGAGUUACCUGGGCAACAAGAUGGACUGGAUGCUGAGGAAAGAUGAGGUGUGCGUCAUACUGAGGGAACAGUCGACAAGUGCGGAAGAGUCUGCAGCGUGUGCUUUGACAGUUGUCCUGCAGGGAACAGGACAGAAAAUACCCCUUGUACCAGGAAAGCCUGUGACCUUUCCCAGAGAGGCGGGGCAUAUUUGUCAAAUGGAUUCAACAAUUUCCUGUUGGCCUCUUUGAAAUCUGAGCGAUACUCAGGUUCCUGAAGAUCAUAUGAAUGAAAAGAAUCAUUCUGGUCGUUUUCGUUUGAACAUGGUCAUAUUUCUAUGUGUGUUCAUAUUUCAUUGUGUUAAAUAGAAAGUUAAUAAGUGAAAGAAAAUAGUUUUAAUAACCGUUUGUGUUGAAACAUGAUGACAAUAUUGUAAUUUGGUGAAUUUGUGCAACUAUUUCGUGCUAAAUAAAUAUUAACCAAUGUGCAAUGUAUAAUCAAAAUCAUUUGAUUAUAAUUCGUUAGAUGUAUGUUGUUUGGUUGAGAAUCGGUAAUGGACGCACCUUUAAAUCUACUUUAAACCCCAUGAUCGUUUUUUCUGCGUCUAUCUGCCACCGGAUUGGUUUAUUUAAAGUUGUCUGAGACUGUAGCCCUGCCCCUGAGUUGUGUGGGGUUCGUUUAGUGUUGGUUCAUGUGUAACCUU